UGGUGUAAAAUAUUCUACGUAAUAAAUACACGAAAUUAUUACUAAGAAAAAUAAAUAAGUAAACACUACUACAAAUGCUUACGUAACACUUCCAUUCCAAUUACAAAAAGGUUUUGGUCACACUGCUUUAGUUUCCAACACCUAACCAAGAAAAAAAAAUGGAUUUAACAAAAACAAUAUCAUUCUCUCUCUUGUUUAUUAUAUCAUCCCUCCUAAUCCCGACGACGACCACCACUGCCACCGUUACAUGCACUACCGCCGUUUGUCGCCGUGACAGUCCGAUCAUCCGUUUCCCUUUCCGUCUAAAACCUCGACAAUCACAAUCUUGCGGUUACGACAAAGGCUUCGACUUAACGUGCGAUAUCAACCGAACCACCAUAACGUUACCGUUCUCCGGUAACUUCCCCGUAGAAGAGAUAGAUUACGUAGCUCAACAGAUUUGGAUCAACGACCCCGAUAACUGUCUUCCUCAACGCAUCUUAGAGCUGAACCUCUCAACGACGCCGUUUAGUGGCGUUUACUCACGUCAGUUCACGUUCUUCAAGUGUCCUAGUUCGGAGUUUCUCCGUUAUAAGCCGUUGAAUCCGAUAACGUGCUUGAGCGAUGAAAACGGCACGGUGUUUGCGACUCCUUCGCCUAGGAUGAUGUACUACUUGUCGUCUCAGUCGUGCCGGUUGAUGAAAACGGUUUAUGUUCCGGUUAGGUGGCCGUUUUAUGAGCAGAUGGUGUCGUCUUCGGAUUUGAGUGAUAACCUCUGGCUCACUUGGAGGGUUCCGAGAUGUAGUAGGUGUGAGAGUAGAGGUGGUAAGUGUGGGGUUAAGAGUAAUUCUUCUCGUGAAACCAUUUGCUCUGAUGUUCAUAAACCAGCUAUUCCGAGAAGAGCUCGUUACGCAAUAGCCAUCGGUGCCGGGAUCCCAGGAGCUUUAAUCGUAUUUGGUCUUUUCUGUUUUGUAUAUAGCAAAAUCAACGAGUGUAUCAAAGGACGCCGUCUCGUCCCAAGCCCACCACCAGAUAUCAUCAACAGCGCUCAAACAGCCCAUUAUUUGCAUUCACGUGUCAUCGUAACGGGUCUUGAUGAGCCUACUAUAGAGUCGUACCCAAAAAUAGUAUUGGGAGAGAGCAAAAGGCUGCCCAAAAUAGACGAUUCGACGUGUGCCAUUUGUCUAUCGGAGUACGAACCAAAGGAGACACUUAGGACAAUACCACCGUGUCAGCAUUGUUUUCACGCUGAUUGCAUUGACGAGUGGCUGAAGUUGAAUGGGACUUGUCCGGUGUGUCGGAACUCUCCGGAGCAGAAUUUACCACCUGAGACUUUUAAUUCUUCUUAAGCAUCAGUCACUUUUGUCUUAUUUACUUUACAGCAUUUGUAGUUAGUUUAAUACUCCAUCUAUUUUAGUUUAAAUGAUGUAUUUUUACAAUCGUUUAUGUAUAUGAAUAUAAGAGUCUUUUUAUUUUUCGUUUUA